UCGAGACACGUCACUGUUCGGAAGUUCUAUAUAUACACAGGAGUCGUCAUUCGUUGCAGCAGUUAUAACUGGACGAGGAGUACAGCUUGUGGUAUCUGUAUAUCAGGAGCAGUUUAAUUAAAAUUUCUGUAAUAGACUAAACAAAAUGCAGAUCUUUGUGAAAACCCUGACUGGCAAGACCAUCACCCUUGAGGUUGAGCCCAGUGACACCAUUGAGAAUGUCAAGGCUAAAAUCCAGGACAAAGAAGGCAUUCCCCCAGACCAGCAGAGGCUGAUCUUUGCCGGCAAGCAGCUGGAAGAUGGCCGCACCCUGUCCGACUACAAUAUCCAGAAGGAGUCCACCCUCCACCUGGUGCUGCGUCUGAGGGGUGGUAUGCAGAUCUUUGUGAAAACCCUGACUGGCAAGACCAUCACCCUUGAGGUUGAGCCCAGUGACACCAUUGAGAACGUCAAGGCUAAAAUCCAGGACAAAGAAGGCAUUCCCCCAGACCAGCAGAGGCUGAUCUUUGCCGGCAAGCAGCUGGAAGAUGGCCGCACCCUGUCCGACUACAAUAUCCAGAAGGAGUCCACCCUCCACCUGGUGCUGCGUCUGAGGGGCGGUAUGCAGAUCUUUGUGAAAACCCUGACUGGCAAGACCAUCACCCUUGAGGUUGAGCCCAGUGACACCAUUGAGAACGUCAAGGCUAAAAUCCAGGACAAAGAAGGCAUUCCCCCAGACCAGCAGAGGCUGAUCUUUGCCGGCAAGCAGCUGGAAGAUGGCCGCACCCUGUCCGACUACAAUAUCCAGAAGGAGUCCACCCUCCACCUGGUGCUGCGUCUGAGGGGUGGUAUGCAGAUCUUUGUGAAAACCCUGACUGGCAAGACCAUCACCCUUGAGGUUGAGCCCAGUGACACCAUUGAGAACGUCAAGGCUAAAAUCCAGGACAAAGAAGGCAUUCCCCCAGACCAGCAGAGGCUGAUCUUUGCCGGCAAGCAGCUAGAAGAUGGCCGCACCCUGUCCGACUACAAUAUCCAGAAGGAGUCCACCCUCCACCUGGUGCUGCGUCUGAGGGGCGGUAUGCAGAUCUUUGUGAAAACCCUGACUGGCAAGACCAUCACCCUUGAGGUUGAGCCCAGUGACACCAUUGAGAACGUCAAGGCUAAAAUCCAGGACAAAGAAGGCAUUCCCCCAGACCAGCAGAGGCUGAUCUUUGCUGGCAAGCAGCUGGAAGAUGGCCGCACCCUGUCCGACUACAAUAUCCAGAAGGAGUCCACCCUCCACCUGGUGCUGCGUCUGAGGGGCGGUAUGCAGAUCUUUGUGAAAACCCUGACUGGCAAGACCAUCACCCUUGAGGUUGAGCCCAGUGACACCAUUGAGAAUGUCAAGGCUAAAAUCCAGGACAAAGAAGGCAUUCCCCCAGACCAGCAGAGGCUGAUCUUUGCCGGCAAGCAGCUGGAAGAUGGCCGCACCCUGUCCGACUACAAUAUCCAGAAGGAGUCCACCCUCCACCUGGUGCUGCGUCUGAGGGGCGGUAUGCAGAUCUUUGUGAAAACCCUGACUGGCAAGACCAUCACCCUUGAGGUUGAGCCCAGUGACACCAUUGAGAACGUCAAGGCCAAAAUCCAGGACAAAGAAGGCAUUCCCCCAGACCAGCAGAGGCUGAUCUUUGCCGGCAAGCAGCUGGAAGAUGGCCGCACCCUGUCCGACUACAAUAUCCAGAAGGAGUCCACCCUCCACCUGGUGCUGCGUCUGAGGGGUGGUAUGCAGAUCUUUGUGAAAACCCUGACUGGCAAGACCAUCACCCUUGAGGUUGAGCCCAGUGACACCAUUGAGAACGUCAAGGCCAAAAUCCAGGACAAAGAAGGCAUUCCCCCAGACCAGCAGAGGCUGAUCUUUGCUGGCAAGCAGCUGGAAGAUGGCCGCACCCUGUCCGACUACAAUAUCCAGAAGGAGUCCACCCUCCACCUGGUUCUCCGCCUCCGGGGUGGACUGUAAAUAUCCUAUCGUCUUAAAUGUUAUAAGCUAUUUCCCUAGCAAAGUCUUUACUUCCCCUUGCACCUUUUUUAAUUUACCCAUCCUUUUUUCCACUUGUGUAAGAUGUAAAUGAAAAAUAAAACAUUGACCGUGUUAAAGGUUGUCUUUUAAUUUUCACAACUAAAUAUAGUAAUGUCUCAUGUUAGGUUGUCUGCAUUGUCAACCUGUGAAGCCUUUUUUGUUUGUUCAUAAGGUCCAAAAUGGAAAUUAAAUUGAUGUUUAAAUGUUA